AUGUUCAAGAGCGGACUUGCCCGGACCUUCGGGAGGGCUGCCUAUGCCCGGCCGACCCCCGUCGCCCGCGCCUUCAAGCCUCUCCGCGCCAAUGCUCUGCCCGCUCUCUCUGCUCGCUUCGCCAGCUCAGAUGUCGCUCAGAACGGCAAGAUCCACCAGGUUAUCGGUGCCGUUGUUGAUGUGAAGUUCGAGGGCGAGAAGCUCCCUGCCAUUCUCAACGCCAUUGAGACCGAGAACAACGGCCAGAAGCUUGUGCUCGAGGUUUCUCAACACUUGGGUGAGAAUGUUGUUCGUACCAUUGCCAUGGACGGUACUGAGGGUCUUAUGCGUGGUGCCGCCGCCAAGGACACUGGUUCCCCCAUCAAGGUCCCCGUCGGUCCCGGCUGUCUCGGCCGUAUCCUGAACGUCACUGGUGACCCCAUUGACGAGCGUGGUCCUGUCAAGGCCACCAAGUUCCUCCCCAUUCACGCCGAGCCCCCAGAGUUCGUCGAGCAGUCCACCUCUGCUGAGAUUCUCGUCACUGGUAUCAAGGUCGUCGACUUGCUCGCCCCCUACGCCCGUGGUGGUAAGAUUGGUCUGUUCGGUGGUGCCGGUGUCGGCAAGACUGUGUUCAUCCAGGAGUUGAUUAACAACAUUGCCAAGGCUCACGGUGGUUACUCCGUGUUCUGUGGUGUCGGUGAGCGUACCCGUGAGGGUAACGAUCUGUACCAUGAGAUGCAGGAGACUGGUGUCAUUCAGCUCGAGGGUGACUCCAAGGUCGCUCUCGUCUUCGGUCAGAUGAACGAGCCCCCAGGUGCUCGUGCCCGUGUCGCCCUGACCGGUCUGACCAUUGCCGAGUACUUCCGUGACGAGGAAGGUCAGGAUGUGCUGCUCUUCAUUGACAACAUUUUCCGUUUCACCCAGGCCGGUUCCGAGGUGUCCGCCCUUCUCGGUCGUAUCCCCUCUGCCGUCGGUUACCAGCCCACUCUCGCCGUCGACAUGGGUGGCAUGCAGGAGCGUAUCACCACCACCCAGAAGGGUUCCAUUACCUCCGUCCAGGCCGUCUACGUGCCUGCUGACGAUUUGACUGAUCCCGCCCCCGCUACCACCUUCGCUCACUUGGACGCCACCACUGUGUUGUCUCGUGGUAUCUCCGAGUUGGGUAUCUACCCCGCUGUCGACCCCCUGGACUCCAAGUCCCGUAUGCUCGACCCCCGUAUCAUCGGUGACGAGCACUACAACACCGCCAGCCGUGUCCAGCAGAUGCUCCAGGAGUACAAGUCCCUCCAGGAUAUCAUUGCCAUUCUUGGUAUGGAUGAGUUGUCUGAGGCUGAUAAGCUUACCGUCGAGCGUGCCCGUAAGCUCCAGCGUUUCCUGUCCCAGCCCUUCGCUGUCGCCCAGGUCUUCACUGGUAUCGAGGGUCAGCUCGUCGACCUGAAGGACACCAUUGCCUCCUUCAAGGCUAUUAUCAACGGUGAGGGUGAUGACCUCCCUGAGAACGCCUUCUACAUGGUCGGUGACUUCGCCUCCGCCCGUGCCAAGGGUGAGAAGAUUCUGGCUGAGCUUGAGGGCUCUUCCUAA